AGUAUAUCUAUGAGCUGCGUACUUUGCUUAGUGACACAAUUGUGACAACAGGUGGCAACACUGUAAGCUUUGCGUCAAUCAGUUGUUAUUCAACGGCAAAGCUUUGCGGUUGUAUUCGCGGUUGGCCUGCGUUUUGUUUCGGUUAUUUGUUUAUAAUCGCGUGUUAUUUUUUUCGUAUUUCUAUAUGCAUGCGUCUGUGAACUUUCCAUAUAAUUUGCAAGAAACAUUGACAGUGAAUGAGGUCAACAACUCGCUGUGUAACAACGGCAUUGUGAAAAAUCAAUAAUUGUAAAUUCGUUGAAUAACACCGAAUAAUUAUAAAUAAACACAAUCAAAAUGCCCAUUGGAACGUUUGAUGAGUGGGAUGUGCUUGUGUUGGUGAGCAUUUUGAUAAUAUCGGCACUGAUCGGCAUCUACUACCGGUAUACGGGCGGCAAGCAAAAAACAACGCAGGAGUAUCUCAUGGCCGAUCAGAGCAUGACCACAUUUCCGGUAUCCUUUAGCCUGAUGGCAAGUUUCAUGUCUGCCAUCUCACUAAUGGGCGUCUCCAACGAGUCCUAUCAGUUUGGCACCCUAUUCGGUGUCAUAAACAUAUCGUAUGUGUUGAGCACUCCGAUUGCCGCUUACAUAUUCUUGCCGGUCUUUUAUCGAAUGCGCACGACAAGUGUCUACGAGUAUCUGGAACGGCGCUUUGGCCAUGCGACACGUCUGGCCGCUUCGAUGGCAUUCACUUUGCAAAUGGUGCUCUAUAUGGGCAUUGCUCUCUAUGCGCCUGCAUUGGCACUGGAAGCAGUCACUGGCAUACCGAGAGGCACAGCCAUACUUGUGCUGGGUCUCGUCUGCACCUUCUACUCAACACUGGGCGGGCUAAAGGCGGUGCUCAUUACGGAUGUCUUUCAGUCGUUCCUCAUGUUUGCUGCCAUUUUUGCCGUGAUUGGUGUGUCAGCCAUUCAAGCUGGUGGAUUGGGUGCCAUCUGGGAUGUGGCUCAGGAGCGAGGUCGUGUGCAGUACUUCGACUUUUCAAUAGAUUUAACCGUCCGUCACACCUGGUGGUCAUUGAUAAUUGGAGGCAUGGUCACCUACCUUUCGCUCUAUGGCGUCAACCAGACGCAGGUGCAACGACUCCUAAGCGUACACAAUUUAAAGAGUGCACAGUCAGCACUUUGGUGGAAUUUGCCUAUUCUGGGCAUGCUUAGCUUUAGCACUAUCUUCAGCGGAUUGGCAAUAUUCUACUACUACCGCGACUGCGAUCCUGUGCUUAACGGACGCAUCAUGUCAAGGGACCAAAUAAUGCCACUAUUUGCAUUGGAUACCAUGGGUCAAUAUCCUGGACUGUGUGGCCUCUUUGUCUCGGGUAUAUUCUCGGCCAGCUUAUCGACAGUAUCUUCGGCGGUCACUUCGCUCUCGGCUGUUACACUGGAGGACUAUCUCAAGCCGCUGUACAAAACCAUUUUCAAGCGUCCGUUAAUCGACUCCCAGUCAACGCUGCCCACCAAAAUUAUUGCCUGCAUUUAUGGAUUGCUUUGCAUACUGUUGGCCUUUGGCGCUGGCUCGAUGGGCGGCGUGCUGCAGGCCUCGUUGACCAUCUUUGGAGUUGUGGGCGGACCACUGCUUGGCAUUUUUACCCUCGGCGUUUGCACCGUGCGUACGAAUCAGCGCGGCGUGCUCCUGGGCUUUUUGAUAGGCCUUGCCUUCUCCUUCUGUAUUGGCUUCGGCGGUCCGAAACCGCCACCAACACCACUGCCCUUCAACACCACCGGAUGCGAGCUGAGAAAUAUAACUGAAGUGGCGCAGGCGGUGCAGGCCACGCUACCUGGAGCAGAGCCGCACUACUUUUGGCUAUACCGCUUAUCCUAUCUGUGGUUCUGUGUGCUGGGCUUCUUAGUCACAAUUGGCAUUGGGUAUUUUGCCAGCCUCGCACUGGCGCACUUCCACAUUGCGGACAACUCUCAAAUAUAUUCUGAUAAGUACCAAAAGCAGCUGGACUAUGAUUUGUUUGCGCCGAUACUCUCGCGACGCUGGAGACGCCAACAGUUGGCGCAACAGGCACAAGCUAAGCCAGACGAAGCGUUAACAAAAUUAACACAGGCAACUGUAGCUAUACAAUAAGGGAAAUCUAAUUUAUUUUAAUUGUUAAAUGACAUAGUGUAAAUUAGCAGAACAGUGGGAUUUGCUUGCCAAAAAAACUUGCAGCUGUUUCAGCAGUUGUCGUACCUAAAACGUGCAUAACAAUGUGACCUAUUUGUAUACCUGCGUAUAACUAAAUAAUCAACUACUAAGAGCGCAAAAUCUCGUCUUCCAUUUUGCAAGAGCUAAAACUAUAUUUAUACAUAAUAAUUGUUAACUAGAAUAUUUUAAAUACAUGUCUAUAUACCUCGUAGGGAGAAGUAGCUGAUAUUCAGUGGGUAAAUGUAGCAAAUGCCACAAAUGCAAAUUGCCUCAAGGAUUAGUCAUAGUUUUGGUGCUGCGUUAGGGACUGACAGCCAAGAGUCUCUAACGCAGGCAACGUCUUAGCUGGUUUUGUUUGUUAAAUUAAGUGGGUCUUUCUUAUAGAAAAUGUGUUACCUUUAUAAAAUCACCGAAUUGCUCAUUGCUGGAAAAAUGCUUACACAUGUACCAACCUGAAUACAAACGCACAUAUAUAUAUAUAAACUUAUACUAUUGACCCCUGUGUGUGCGUAACAAAUGAAUGAACAAAGUUGAAUUUAAGCUACCGAAAGUUUGUUGUAUUUUAUUGUACUGUACUUAUAUACUAAUAUACUUAUAUAAACAUUUAUGUAAA